AUGACUGAGCAGGGGCUGGCUUGGGACGAAGAGGAGAAUACAGAGGAAACCACGACAGAGGAAACCACGAUACAGGUUGAAGAUACAGAUCCAGAUGGCACAAUCACGGUUCCUGCUCUCCGUCGGAGGGGGAGGCCGAGAAAGGUCCCAAUUGAAGCCGAUUCAUCAAAGGUGCUGAAGGGUAUACUUACGCCGAGCAAGACGGGUAGUACUCUGAAGUCGAAAAAGAGCGUGGUCUUUGAGGGACGCGAUGAAUUGGAUCUGGGGUUCAAAGACAUUCCACUAUCUACCAAAAAGUCGAAAGGACCAAAAGCAGCCGAGGAAUCAGAGGAGGAUAACGACUCAGAAGACAGUGAUGAUGUGGCAUGUGCUAUCUGUUCAGGCCUUGAAUCAGAGGAGCCUAAUGAGAUAAUAUUCUGUGACAGUUGCGAUCUCGCAGUGCACCAGGAGUGCUAUGAUGUCCCAGUAAUUCCAGAAGGAGACUGGCUCUGCAGAAACUGCCAGCCUAAAGAUUUGCCAGAAGUGGAGUUGGGUGAUGAGGUGGAUAUCGCCGUAGCUCCAAGCGAUCUGCCCGAUAUUGCAGGAUUUGAGGAUCAUCUGCGGAAUAUGCAAAGAGUAGUGCUGGACAAGCUUACAGGUCAGAAGCGCAUCAAGCUCUGUGGGCACGACGAAGAAAUUCGGAAGGUGCAUCAGGUCGUUGAGCAGACAGUUCUGGCAGGAGAAGGUAAUUCGAUGUUGGUGAUAGGGGCAAGAGGCUGUGGAAAGACGACUCUUGUUGAAUCGGUGAUAUCUGACAUCUCCACCGAACAUCGAGAGAACUUUCACGUUGUUCGGCUGAAUGGUUUCAUUCAUACCGACGAUAAAUUAGCUCUCAGAGAGAUCUGGCGACAAUUAGGCCGCGAGAUGGAAGUCGAAGAUGAUGCAGCAGGCAAGACAACCAAUGCUGCAGACAUAUUGGCGUCUCUGUUAGCCCUUCUGUCCCAUCCCUCGGAAAUAUCAGAGGAUCGUGCGGAUGAAACUGCCAAGUCCGUCGUCUUUAUCCUGGAUGAAUUCGAUCUCUUCACUACACACCCACGCCAAACCCUACUGUACAAUCUUUUCGAUAUAGCACAAGCAAGGAAAGCGCCUAUUGUCGUUCUUGGCAUCACAACAAGAGUCGACGUAGUGGAGACCCUUGAAAAGAGAGUCAAAAGCCGCUUCAGUCAUCGAUACGUGCAUUUGUCAUUACCUCGAAGUCUGCCAGCCUUUUGGGAUAUUUGUAAAGAAGGACUUACGGCUGAAACUGAAGAGCUCGAUGCCGCAGGCUUCAACAUCGCCGCUGAUGGCCAGGUUGAGUUCCUCGCCUUCUGGCAGUCGAUGAUUGAAGACCUCUACAACAAGGAUUCAACCUUCAAGCAUCACCUCCAGUCACAUUUCUAUCGAACGAAAUCUGUGCCAGCUUUCUUCACUUCGUGCAUCCUCCCAAUCGCCAAUCUCUCCCUCAAAACCCUUCCUCUAACGAGCGGAGCCUUCACAUCAAAUACUAUAUCGCUCUCGCCCCCCGAUUCUAAACUCCACAUCCUUCAAGGGCUCUCAGAGUUAGAGCUCGCUCUCCUAAUCGCCGCUGCACGACUUGAUAUCAUACUUGAUACCGACACGUGCAACUUUGCCAUGGCUUACGACGAAUAUAGCUCCUUGACUUCGAGGCACAAAAUACAGACCUCUAGCACUGGAAUGGCCGCUCUUGGCUCGAGCGCCAAGAUUUGGGGAAGGGAUGUUGCAUUAGGAGCAUGGGAAAGAUUGGUAGACUACCAAUUACUGGUUCCUGCAGGCAUUGGUGGGGGUGCUGGACGGGAUUUCGGGGCCGGGGGUCGAAUGUGGAAGGUUGAUGUUGGUCUCGAGGAGAUAACAGGGAGUGUUCCUGGAAUAAGUGCUGUGAUGGCAAAAUGGUGCAGAGAGAUCUGA